AUGAAUGUGGUAGAGUCAGUGGGUUAAGAGUGUCAAGACGUAAGCAUAAACGUAGGUGUCUAAGCAUGUCUAAGAUAAAUCUACCGAAUUUAGUCGUAUAUUUAUAAUAUUUGUCUUUGUUGAGUUGGACAACAUGGGCGUUUUUUUUUCAAAGAAAAAGACUGUCAGUCGAAUCACUGAACAAGAUAAAGCAGUAUUGCAAUUAAAACACGUAAGAGACAAAAUUCAGCAGUAUCAGAAGCGAAUUGAACAAAAUAUUGAAAAGGAACGUGAAUUAGCCAAAAAAUUAUUAAAUAAUAAUAUGAAAAGUCGAGCACUUUUAUUGCUUCGUAAGAAAAAGUUCCAGGAACAAAUAUUAUCAAAAAUUGAUGGCCAAAUGGAAAACAUUGAAAGUAUGGUUCAUGAGUUAGAGUUUGCCCAAGUUGAAAUAAAAGUCAUUGAUGGUCUUAAAAUUGGAAAUACAGCAUUAAAUAAAUUACAUGAAGUAUUGUCAAUCGAUGAAAUUGAAAAAGUUAUGGAUAAUACACAGGAGGGUAUCAAUAAACAACGAGAAUUAGAUGAACUUUUGAUAGGGUACUUGACUGAAGACGAUGAAGAUGAAGCUAAAGCUGAACUUGAUGCUCUUUUGGCCGAAGACGUCGUUGAAAAAUUACCUAAUGUUUCUACAGACAUCGAAUUGCCCAACGUUCCGGAACACGAAAUCGAUAAUACAAAAGAACUUGCUAACCUGUCAAAAACAAAAAAUAAUCAACAACCUGUAGCGAUGAAGGCUUAAUCCUUUGCUACCCUGGUGGAAAAAAUCUUCACUCAUUUUUUUUUUCAAUCACAUAAAAUCAGACCAGUCCGCUCCAUUUGUUGUGAGGAAACAACUUUGUACUGCUGUGAUUCGUAAAAUAAUGUAAAUAUGUAAAGUCAUACAAGUAAGGAAAUAAAAUAUUCUGACAACGAAUAAACACAAGAAUAGUGAAGA